AGCCUGCAUAAAUGCAAUACAGAAGCUUUCAGAUCAAGUCAGAUCACACUGCAACCUCUGAUAUUUGUUCAUAUUGAAUAUAAGUUAACAGGUUAUGGGCCCAGUGCUAUAUUAUUUACCGCACAUCUAUUAUUUCAAGAACAACCCUGUUGCUUUCCAUGGCAAACGUGUCAGUCUUCACUGCAAAGGAUGUUGCCCACAUUGACAAGCUCAAUGGAGCCAACUUCCAAGUGUGGAAGUUUCAGACCUGCCUAAUGCUUCGUAAUCACUCUUUGAUGGACCUAGUACUUGGAACCGAAUUUAAACCAGAUCCAAUAGUGGCCUCAGGUGUCACCACCAAUCAAGCAGCCAUCAACAAUUGGAAUCACAAGGACAACACAGCACAGCUGCUCAUUUCGGCCACCAUCUGCUCUGACCAACAACGCUCCCUCAUUACCUGUACGUCUGCCACACAAAUGUGGAAACGUGUCAUCAGUCAGUUCGAACAGUCUGCUUCAGAAAACAAGAUGUUUCUUCUUCAACAGUUUCUGAACUACCAGUACAAGGAAGGGCACGACGUCUCAAGCCCUGCCACGGCUGUUGAAUUAAUGGCCUGUCAGUUACAAGACGUCGGGUCUCCAAUUUCUGACGACCAGAUUAUCACUGUUCCUAACGCUCACGUGCAAUGGAGACGUUGGAACAGAGAUGAAGUAUGGAUAGGGUGA